AUGUCGGCCGCCGCCGCCCAGCUGAGCACCGCGCGCCAGCUGACCUACUGGAAGCGAUGCCUCAAGACCUACCUGCCCCACCUGUACACGUCCAAUGACUGCAACCGCAUGACCCUGGCCUUCUUCAUCGUCGCCGCCCUCGACCUGCUGGGCGCCGUGCGCGACUCCUGCUCCGACCAGGAGCGCCGUGACUACAUCGACUGGGUCUACCGCAACCAGCACCCCGACGGCGGCUUUCGCGCCUCGCCCGCCAUGGACCUGGCCGCCGCCCGCUCCCCGGAGAACGGCCACUGGGACCCCGCCAACCUGCCCGCCACGUACUUUGCCCUGCAGACGCUGCUGGUGCUGGGCGACGACCUGCAGCGCGUGAAGCGCCGCGAGUGUCUCCAGUGGCUGCCGCGUCUGCAGCGCAAAGACGACGGCAGCUUCGGCGAGACGCUGGGCGAGGGCGGCCGCAUCGAGGGCGGCCACGACACGCGCUUCAUCUACUGCGCUGCCGGCGUGCGCUGGAUCCUGCGCGGCUUCGUCGACGGCGACGUCGACGGCGUGCAAGACAUGGACGUCGACGCCGUUGUGCGCUGCAUCCGCGCGUCCGAAACCUACGAUGGAGGCGUAUCCGAAGCCGCCUACCACGAAGCUCACGCCGGCUUCACGUACUGUGCCAUCGGCGCGCUAGCCAUGCUCGGUCGGCUCCCGAGUAAUGCAGGCACUCCUGUUUCGGGCCAUCCCUUGGCGGGCUUGUCCGACCCUGAACUCACCGCGCGGUGGCUUGUGGCACGUCAAACGCUCACGCUAGACGAGGAAGACGCCGUUGACGCGGCUGACGGCGAGGAGAUUGGCGCAGCCAAGACGCCAGCCGACGUUCCUCCCGUUGUCAAGCUGCACGGCCUUCCGACCCAAACCACUGCGCUUGACUUGUUGCAAUGGGCGGGCUUCAACGGCCGCUGCAACAAGAUCGCCGACACCUGCUAUGCCUGGUGGGUGUGUGCAUCCCUAUCGAUGCUUGGUAAGGUCCACCUGGUCUCGCAGCCCACCGCCCGCCGCUACCUGCUGGAGAAGACACAGCACCUGGUUGGCGGCUUUGGUAAAGUGCCUGGCGACCCUCCGGAUAUCUACCACUCGUACCUGGGGCUGGCUGCUCUGGCGCUGUUCGGCGAGCCCGGCGUUAAGCCCAUGCGCGCGUCCGCGUGCUUGAGCGAGCAUGCUUGCCAGUUCCUUGAAUCACUGCCAUGGCGCAAACAGAUCACCGGGUGA